CGUACUCACUACCUUUUGAACUUAUGAUUCGCAGGCAGGCACGCGAGCGUCGUCAAUAUAUCUAUGCCAAGUCGCUAGAGGCGCAAGAGCGACAGACAUAUCUCCGGAAGCAGCAGGUCAAGGAUGUGCUCGCUAGUGGGAAGGCUUUGCCAACGGAGCUGAGGAAGGAUGCGAAUGCGCUGGGUCGUGACCUUACCUUUGAUGAGGCGCAAGCAGAACCGUCAUCGCACAUUGACAAUGAGUACUCGCGCGCGGGAAUUCUGGACCCAAAGAUUGUUGUUACGACAUCAAGAGACCCCAGUUCCAAGCUGCUACAGUUCGCGAAGGAAAUGCGCCUGGUGUUCCCUAACUCCCAUCGGAUAAACCGAGGAAACUAUGUCGUGAAGGAAUUGGCAGAGGCGUGCAGGACGAACGAUGUCACAGACCUAGUCAUCCUCCACGAACAUCGCGGUGUACCAGAUGCCAUGAUCGUUUCUCACUUUCCUCACGGUCCUACCGUCUACUUCACCCUACACAACGUACAACUGCGACAUGACAUCGCCUCGUAUAAGUCAUCAACAGUCUCCGAGCAGUACCCACAUCUCAUAUUUGAGAACUUCUCCUCAAAACUCGGCGAGCGGAUACGAGACGUACUGAAGUACCUCUUCCCCGUUCCAAAGGAAGACAGCAAGCGAGUGAUGACUUUCUCAAACGAGGACGAUUUUAUCUCGUUCAGACAUCACGUGUUCAUGAAGAUUCCUCCACGGCAAGUCCAAUUGGCUGAGGUUGGCCCCCGGUUUGAGAUGAAACCGUACGAGAUCCGCCAAGGUACAAUAGAGCAAACAGAGGCAGAACGGGAGUGGGUACUUGCGCACUACUCAAGGACAGCCAAAAAGCGUAGUCUGCUCAGCGGACCCGCCCCACGGCCUUCCGCCACCGCAGAAGACGCAGACAAAAAUCCGAAGAAGCGCGCAAGGCGAUAGUGCCGUCAUCCCCUUGGGUUUCCAUUCGCUUUUGUUGUAUCCCAUAUUUCUUGUACUAUAUCCUCAUCCAUACAGUCUCGUUAUGACGCAUAUAUAGCUGCC